AUGGAUUUCCUCAAGAAGAAAGUUAUGAACGAGGCUUUGAAGGUUGCGACUGGGAAGGACAACAAGCAGUCGUCUUCGUCGUCGACUGUGCCUGGUCAACCUAAGAAAGAGGACCAUCUUGACAAAGCCAUCGACCUUGUCCAAGAACACAUUUUCAAGCAGGGCUCGCAGAAGAACGAGUCUGCGGCUGAACAGGCUAAAGACGAGAAGAUCAAGAAGGGGAUUACGACCAUGUACAAGAUGGCUACGGGGAAGAAAUUCCCUGGUACCAAGUAA